UGUAAACUGGGCAUUUAUAUAGCAUUUUACAAUGAAUGAACAUUUGUCAUCAAAAUCACCCAGUAUUUAUAGCCAUAAGAGAAUUGACAAUCAGUCCUAAUACAUGAUAGUUCUAUAUACUUCAUGAAAACCUGCAAUAAAGUGGAAAAAAAUGGUUCUUCCACCUCCAGACAAACGUCACGUGUGUCUUACAACCAUUGUAAUCGUGACAAGUAUGGCCUUUAUGGAUGCCUAUCUUGUGGAGCAGAAUCAGGGUCCAAGGAAGAUCGGAGUAUGCAUCAUUGUGUUGGUUGGUGACAUCUGCUUUUUAAUUGUUCUCCGUUACGUGGCUGUGUGGGUUGGAGCAGAGGUCAAAACAGCCAAGAGAGGAUAUGCAAUGAUUUUAUGGUUUCUAUACAUAUUUGUUUUGGAAAUUAAGCUGUAUUUUAUAUUUCAAAACUACAAGGCUGACAAGAAAAACAUUGAUACUGUGGCUAGAAAGGCACUGACGUUGCUUUUAUCCAUUUCUGUGCCAGGACUAUAUCUGGUACUUGUAUCAUUGGAUAGCAUGGAGUAUGUGAGAACAUUCAGGAAAAAAGAAGAUCUAAGAGGACGUCUCUUUUGGGUUGCUCUUGAUUUACUUGAUAUUUUGGAUAUUCAAGCCAAUUUAUGGGAGCCACAGAAGACCGGUCUCCCUAUUUGGGCUGAAGGACUUAUGUUUUUCUAUUGCUACAUCUUACUGUUGAUCCUACCAUGUGUCUCUUUGAGUGAAAUAAGCAUGCAAGGAGAGCAUAUUGCUCCACAGAAGAUGAUGCUAUACCCAGUUCUAAGUCUCGUCACCAUUAAUAUUGUUACUAUUUUUAUAAGAGUUGUGAACAUGGUUUUAUUUCAGGAUAGCAGAGUUUCAACAAUAUUUAUUGGCAAAAAUAUCAUUGCAAUAGCCACAAAGGGAUGCAGUUUUUUGGAAUACAGAAAACAAGUUAAAGAAUUCCCACAAAACACAAUCGCUUUAGAACUGCAAAAUUCAAUUUCACACAAUCAGACAAUUCACAAUACACAAGGAAUGAAUCCUGAGCAGUCUCCAUCCAGAGAAAUCAUGGACACAUGACAAUGGCAACUUUUUCCUUUUUUUUAAUCUUUUUUUUUGGACUUUGCUUUACAGAAGAAAUAUAACAUUGAAUGGUUGUUGGGUAAGGGAUGGGCAAAUUACUAAUUAACAUUUUUAUUUAGCAAAUGUAUAUCAUGCAGAUGCAUUUUUAAUGUGGUGUCAUAUUUUGAGUAUAAAACAUACCGUGUGUUUGUUUGAAAAUUCCUUCAAAGUCAUUUAUGUUUUGAAAUGAUGAAGCUUAAUAUUUUGGGACGUGUCAAGUGGACAAAACAAACAGAUUUAGUGUACUGUACAGCUAUACUAAUAAUUUGCCCAUCUCUGUCUCUAAUGAAUUGCUACUGAGAAAAAAAUGUUAC